AUGUGUAUUCCGACACAAACUGCGGAAGGUCAGUUUUCUAUUCAAAUUUUUAGUUUCGCAGGUUUUGGUUACAGUUAUCUUUACAGUUCGGCUUUUUGUGUUACAGUAACCCUUGUAGAUACAGUAAUGCUUACAGCUUUUCAAAUACCGUGAUUCUUUCGAAUUUACAGUAAUCUUUGAAAUUUCAGACGUCUACAGUAGUACGACAGAAAUUCAACUGACAACCACCCAAACAAGUAUGAAUUUUUGUGAUACAGUAGUUCUUGCAGUUCGUUUAAUUUAAAAUUUGGGUUGUAGAAUUUUUCAUGAAUUUAAAAAUUAUCAAUUACAGUAACCCUUGUAGUUUUUGAGACACCGUAAUAAUUUUUCAUUGAAAUUUUCACCUACAGUAAUUUUUUUCAGGUGGGGGUUUUGAGAUAGAUUCUGAAUUACUGUAACAUUUCUAGUUUGGAUUUUCAAAUACAGUACCCAUUGCAGUUCGUAAAUCUAAAGGCGCAUACCAAAAAAAAAUUCAGAUAUACCAACCACUAGUUCAACCACAUCCACUACAACUACGACCACCACAACCACCACCACAACCACACCCCUACCAACUUGCCUCGACUCAACUUGGACCCGAUUCGACCGCUCAACCUAUUACUGGUGCAUUAAAACUCUCUUCCUGACUGGAGAAGUCGGAACUGAUUACACAUCCUGUUCAACUCUUGACUCAACCGCAGUUCCCACUGGUUUCGAAUCGCUCGCUGAAGUUUCGACAGCCGUGGCCGAUGCUGUCAGUCAGAACAGCGCUAUUUUCGCAUUGGUGAUCGGUGCACAACGUGUUGGCUCAACAGCCGCGUACGCGUGGACAGAUUCAUAUACAACGGGAAGUGCUGGUUUCAAUUGGGCGAGUGGCGAACCGGAUAGCACUUAUGUCGGCAAAGUUUAUGCGUAUGUUUAUCCGGAUAAUUCGAUGUAUGCGGCUUGGGAGGAUACAAUUGCUACUGGUGUCAUUUGUGGAAUGUUGGCCACUUGA